AUGCUGACAUUAACCUUUCUUGGGGUUGUCCUGGGAUUUUUUGGGGAACGCGUUCUCCAGUAUACCCACAGAACUGGCUUAUUCAAAGAGGUGGAACCUUUUAAUCCUCACAACUGUCACCUUGUGAAAGGAAUUGAUGGCGGCUCUGAAGAUAUUCACGUUCUUCCCAAUGGACUGGCCUUCAUCAGCUCUGGCCUGAAAUACCCUAAGAUAAAGAGCUUUGCCCCUGACAGACCUGGAGAAAUAUUGCUGGUAGAUCUGAACGAUGACGUCCUUCACCCAGAACCACUACAGCUGAGUGAGGGCAUUGAUGCAUCUUCAUUUAAUCCUCAUGGGCUCAGUGUGUACAUUGAUGAGAGCGAUGGCACGGUCUACCUUUUUGUCGUAAAUCAUCCCAUGCCUGACUUCAAAAGCUUUAUUGAAAUAUUUAAAUUUGAUGAGAAGCAGAAAACUCUCCUACAUCUGAAGACCAUUAAACAUCCAUUAUUGAAGAGUGUGAAUGAUAUCGUCGCUGUCGGACCGGAGAGCUUUUACGCCACCAACGAUCAUUACUUUGACAGUGCGUCUUUGAGACCUUUAGAGGGGUAUCUUGGAUUAAAGUGGACAAAUGUGGUGUAUUACAGUCCCAGGGAUGUCCGAGAAGUGACGUCGGGGCUCUACAGUGCUAAUGGAAUCGCCAUAUCCAACGAUAAAAAGUUUAUCUACGCCGUUGACCUUACAGGUCACACAAUCAAUGUCUAUGAGAAACAUGCAAACUGGUCUCUAACUUUUAUAAAGGCAGUUGACGUAGAUACUAGCGCAGAUAACCUGUCAGUGGAUCCAGUAACUGGCGAUAUCUGGACAGGAGCACAUCCAAAUUUAUAUAAAAUUUUUAAUUACAAAGAUGAAGAUCCCCCCGGAUCAGAGGUUAUCCGUGUACAGGACAUUCACACAGAUCACUGGAUAGUGCAUCGAGUUUACGUCAAUAACGGCUCGGUGAUUCAGGGGUCAUCUGUGGCCUCGCCGUACAAGAAGAAGCUGAUUAUAGGGACCGUAUUCCACAAAACUCUGUACUGUCAGCUAGAUUAA